GAAUGUGCCCCGAUCUUACAAUCAAACAUCUUCUAAGUGCAAGCUCGUUCCAAAAGGAUGACCAUUCACUGCACAUGGGUUUUAUUUGUCAUAUUAUGUGAUUUAUCUUUGUUUCCUGUUUGAGAGAUGGGCUUCAGACCUCCUCUUCCUCUGUCCUCUUGCUAACUGGCUAUGCCAACAAAAACAGCACCUAAGAAGGCAAAGGGCUUCAGGACUAGACAUUUUGUUGUGGAAAUUUGGCUCAGGGUUUUCAGCUAGACCCGGCAUCUAUUCCUCAGCCCCUGGGAACAUGGCCAAAGAUGCUGGUCUGAUUGAGGCCAAUGGGGAGCUGAAGGUCUUCAUUGAUCAGAACAUGAGCCCUGCCAAAGGUGUGCUGUCUUUGGUAGCGGUGCAUCCACAGUCAGUGGUGGUUGGAAAACAGCUGUUGCCAAAAACUCUGGGCCCUUCCAACGUGAACAUUGCACCUCACAUGGUCAUCAGCACACCUCAGAGGCCCAGUGGCUCCAAUGUAAUCCUAAUGAACAGCCCACACACACCCAGCUCUCAGUUUAUCACCCAGAGUCAACCAUCGGAAGCGUCUCCGUGGUCCUCAGGAAAGCGGGGUAAGAAGGGGGAGAAGAAUGGGAAAGGCCUCAGACAUUUCUCAAUGAAGGUUUGCGAAAAGGUCCAGCGGAAGGGUGUCACAACCUACAACGAGGUCGCUGAUGAGCUUGUGGCCGAGUUCAGCUCUGGUGAUAAUCAUAUCUCCCCUAAUGAUGCGCAUGUGUAUGACCAGAAGAACAUUCGGCGGCGUGUGUACGAUGCACUCAAUGUGCUGAUGGCCAUGAACAUCAUCUCCAAAGAGAAAAAAGAGAUCAAAUGGAUUGGCCUGCCCACAAACUCUGCUCAGGAGUGCCAGAACCUGGAGGUGGAGAGGCAAAGACGUUUGGAGAGAAUCAAACAAAAACAGUCGCAACUUCAAGAACUCAUCUUACAGCAAAUUGCCUUCAAGAACCUUGUUCAGCGGAACCGCCAGAGGGAACAACAGACAAAAAGGCCCCCACCUGCCAACUCGGUCAUUCACUUGCCAUUUAUCAUCGUAAACACCAGCAAGAAAACCGUCAUUGACUGCAGCAUCUCCAAUGACAAGUUUGAGUACCUCUUCAACUUCGAUAGCAUGUUCGAGAUUCAUGAUGACAUUGAGGUGUUGAAGCGCAUGGGCAUGGCUUGCGGUCUCGAGGUGGGCAAGUGCUCUGCUGAGGACCUGAAGACUGCCAGAAGCUUGGUGCCCAAAGCACUGGAGCCCUAUGUCACAGAAAUGGCGCAGGGGCCUAUUAGUAAUGUCUACAUGACGGGGACUUCGUCUGCUAACGGAGGCCGUUGUCAUGUUGGGAGUGACGGUGGGGCAGACGGCACGAUGGCCUCCAGUUCAAACGGCUCUCGGGUGGAGACCCCCGUCUCUUACAUGGGCGAGGACGAUGACGACGACGAUGAUGAAUUUGACGAAAACGAUGACGAGGACUAAGCCCGUCCUCGUUCAGCCUGUCCUUCGUGCACAAGUUCUUCCAGCUGCCAUGUCUGAGGAUUGAUCAACCACAUCGCUCUUUUGUUUUUUUCCUCUUCUGCAACUCGCCCUUUCUUUCACUCUCUGUCUGAGAAGGGCAUUGAAGAACACGGGCUUUAAUAGGAUGAGUUGUUUUCAUCCUCAUCUUUCUGAGCUCAGGACAAGCCACAUCAUCACAGGCUGUGUGCUCUGCCUGCUGGGAAUACUAGUUUUCAGCUGAAGGACUUUGCUGAAGUUUAGAGGUGUCGCAGCAUUCCUACUGGAUGUCAUCAUGCGUGACCCUCUGAUACCUUCCCUCCUUAAGAAACCCCCACUUGCGUACAGCGAGCUGUUGGAAAAUGUUGUGUGAUCUUUGUGUGAAGUAGUUCUCUUCUGUUUUUGAAUGAUCUUUUUGUUGUUGUGGUUUUUGAACUUGCUGGCUUGAUUUGCAUUCUGAUGAUUCGGAGACUAAUGAAUCGAAGAACCUACAAAGCCGGCUGCUAUUUUUUUGCCCCAUAGAGGGGCAGGUCUUUGGACGUGUGGACUCUUUUUCAUAUGUUGACCUGAUUUCUUGCAGGCUUUUUUUUGUAGAAUCUCUCUCUCUUUCUCUCCUCCCGUGUGUGUGUUCAGCUCCUCAGCGUUCUGCUUUUUUGGAGGACUCUGAGAAAUGUCUUUUUUAGUUUCAUUUGUUCUCUUUUGGUUUCUGAGCUUCAAAGGCCGACCUGGCCUAGAGACACUGGAGAACAUCGGAGAAACUUAACUACCUUAAAGCGGUUAUAGACAUAUAAAAUGCUAUUAAGAUUGGUUUCUAGUGUCCUCUCUCCGCGUCAGUAAUGCAUCGAAGCGUGUAAGAUUAUUGUUGUGUAUUAAAAAGAUCUCUCUCGACUUCCCUUUAAAAAAAUGUCCUUAAAAAAAACAAACAAAAAAAAAACCACCUGAAUCCUUGUACUGACUCCUCAAAGUAACUUUUCUGUAAUCUAAUAUAAGUUUCAAAUUUAAAUAUAAAGAAUGUUUUAAGAAUUCAAACUCGUGUUUAUUUGCGACACUAAUGUUCUACUACUAAUUUCAAUAAACUUUAUUUUAUAUAUGUGCCUAGUGUGACUAGAUCUGCGUUCAGGAAGUUGACAUUGCAAAAUGUUUUCGAAUUCUUUCCCCAUAGUGUUUGAGACACUGUUGGUGCCUCUCUUUAGUUGAGAAUAUUUGUACUAUUAGAGAAUGUUAAAGCGGUAAUUUCCAGACAUGGGAAAGUAAUAGACAUAUCUAUUUUAAAUUAUUUUUCUUGUUUAUGCUCUCCUCUGACAUGUUUUGGUAUUAUAUUGCUCACUGGGAGUGUUUUAUCACUGUAAGUGGAGAGGUUUUGCAAAUUUCAGAUUUUUGUCAUGUUACCAAGUAUGACAGAACAGUCCCUGUGUGAUCCAGAGUCAAGCCCCCUUCAGGACACUCCUUCCUGUCAUUUCUUUCUUUAUUAUUCUGUUUGCCACAGCUGUAAACAAGUCCUCUUAUUCCCUGAGUGAAGUCUCCCAGGAGCUUGUCUUUUUUUUUUCAAAGUUAUUUGAGAGACUGUUAGCUUGGGAACUGUUUAGACGAGCCUAAUGUCAGUUUGUCUUUUUGUUUUCACACUUUUCCUUGAGGGUGACUUUAUUAAAAUAGGAUUUGUUGUUGUUUA